AUGGAGCUGACACCACUUGUUCGGAAGCCGUACCAUUUUUACCGUAUUAUGUCAACUGGGCUUGCCCUUGGUUUCGCUGUCGAGGGUGCACCCUGGCACUUGGUUUCUCAUUUAUUCCCAGAUAAAGUUGGUGGGCGACCAGCUUGGCUAGCUCUUCAACACUUACCAUCUCCUAGUGAACUAAAGUGUCCAGUAUGUUUGAAUCCGAUGUGUUUCCUCUUACAGAUAUACUCCCCUCUAUCUGAAAAACCUGACUGUUUUCAUCGGAUGUUAUUUUUAUUUAUGUGCCGAAAUAGUGAAUGUCAUUAUAAGCCUGAUCAUGUACCAUUCUAUGUGUUUCGAUCGCAGUUAUCAAGACAAAAUUGCUAUUACAGCUUCGAGCCCCCUGAGAACGAAUUUCCCAGUCGCGAAAUGUUAAACUCGAUGAUAAAGGCUAACUCUAUUCCAUGGGCUGGCAAAUAUUCAUCUAUCUGCCCAAUAUGUGGAUGUAAAGCAGACAAAACUUGUUCAAAGUGUAAAACCACUUCUUAUUGUUCUAAAAUGCACCAGGUUCUAGACUGGAAACGACACAAGUUAGAAUGUGGUUCGAAAUGUCACGAUUUCAUGUUAUUAUUCGAACAAAAUAGCUUCUUACUUCCUGAGUACCGUUUAUGUUCUGAACCUGCAGACAACUUUUCUUCAAAUGAUGAAAGUACUUCAGAAGAGGUGGAAACUGACACUGAAACUGUAGACCUGGGACUUUCAAAUGAUUCUGAAGUUAAAGCGCUUGAAUUUAUAGCCAAGAAAGAGACUAAAGAAGAAGCCAGAUUUAGAAUGUUUAGAGAAGCAAUGAAAUCGGCUCCUGACCAAGUCGUACGAUUUCAUAGAGGUGGUAAGCCCAUUUGGCUGAGUAACGAUCCUGUAGAAGUUGAAAAAUGUGAAGUUUGCGGUUCUGAACGUGUUUUCGAAUUUCAGGUUACUCCUCAAAUAUUGUUUCACUUAAAAUUGGAUAAAGUUGGUGAAUUAAAUCCAGAUUUCGAAGAAAAAAAUGUACAGAAGUAUCACCUUCUAAAUGUGAUAAUGCAUUUAUUGAAUAUCAACGUGAAAUUGUCAUUCGUCAAAUGGUUCCAUAAUUGA